AUGCCCUCUGGCUUCUGCUGUGGAUUGUCUCCAAAGAAGAUUCGGGUAGAGGCAGGCGGUGAGAAAUGUGCAUGUGGAGGACCGAAGGAAGGUGGGAGAUUCCCCUCGCAAGCGGCCAUCGACCAGUACUGCAGUGAGGUGGCGCAACCAUGUGACCAGCUCUCUCAUGUGACGUGCUGCGAUUCAGUACCGAAAAGGAUCCGGCAUCAUGAUGGCAAAGGUCAGUGUUGGUGCAGCAGUCCACAGAAUGAGAGCAGUCACAACACGCAGGAAUCCAUAGAUGAAUGGUGCAGCUCGGUGAUUCGCCCGUGCACAUCUCUUUCAGAAGGGCACUGCUGCCAUAUGCAUCCCAAACAGAUCCGACAGGGAUCUGGAGACAAAUGCUGGUGCAGUGGCCCCCAAAAAGGUGGACGCUUCCAGACACAGGAGCUCAUCGACGCAGCUUGCAAGGAGGUUGUGAAGACGUGCCCCCUGGUGCCUCGCGCACGUUGCUGCACCAUGUCGCCGAAACAAAUCCGCUACAAUGAUGGCAACAAUCAGUGCUGGUGCAGCGGUCCUGUUGUUGGUGAAGCCUUCUCGUCCCAAAUUGCUGUCGAUGAGUGGUGCCAGAAAGUUCUGCCAACAACCACGACAACUACCGUCCAGACUACCACAACGACUUCCACCCCUUGGCUGUCAAACCUGACAUGUGGAGAGGUGUCCGAGGCGGAAUGUUGUGCGAUGUCGCCAAAGCGAUGGCGAGCAACACAAAAAGACGACAGGUGCUAUUGUGCAGAUGCAGUGCCAGGGUCGAACUUCUCUUCGCAGCAGGCAAUCGAUGCCCAUUGCUGC